GUUAAAGUGUGUCAGAAAAACUGACGCUUCCGGUCUUUUUACUCCUUCGUGGCAUGGCGGAUGGUCUUUACCGCCGCCUAUAGUGUGUUUUAGGAGGAAUAACCUCGCUGAUAAAGCGAAAUGAGUCUAUCAGUUGCCCGACCGCUCGUGUCGGUGUACUCGGAGAAGAGUGAGAAGGUGGCAGAUGCAUCCGUGCCGCUCCCGUUCGUGUUCAAGGCGCCCAUCCGCCCGGACCUGGUCAACGAUGUGCACGUCUCCAUGUCCAAGAACGCACGCCAGCCCUACUGCGUGAACAAGGAGGCUGGUCACCAAACCAGUGCCGAGUCAUGGGGUACCGGCCGUGCCGUAGCGCGUAUUCCGCGUGUACGAGGUGGUGGUACUCACAGGUCCGGUCAGGGUGCGUUCGGUAACAUGUGCCGAGGUGGUCGCAUGUUCGCGCCAACCAAGCCGUGGCGACGCUGGCAUCGCCGCGUCAAUCUACGUCAACGCAGAGCGGCAGCUGCCGCCGCCGUCGCUGCCGCCGGUGUGCCAGCCCUCGUGCAAGCUAGGGGUCACAUCAUUGAGAAGAUUCCAGAACUGCCCCUGGUGGUAUCCGACAAGGUCCAAGAGAUCAACAAGACAAAACAGGCUGUAAUCUUCCUGAGACGCGUCAAGGCCUGGUCUGAUGUCCUAAAAGUGUACAAAUCCCAACGCCUGCGCGCCGGCAAAGGAAAAAUGCGUAACCGUCGUCGCGUGCAGCGUAAGGGACCACUCAUCGUAUUCAACAAAGAUCAGGGUCUUACCCGCGCUUUCCGCAACAUCCCCGGCGUUGAAAUGCUCAGCGUGAACAAACUGAACCUACUCAAGUUGGCGCCGGGAGGUCAUGUCGGACGGUUCAUCAUUUGGACCCAAUCUGCUUUUGAGAGGCUGGAUUCUCUAUUUGGUUCAUGGAAGACGCCCUCAAAGGAAAAGAAGAACUUCAACUUACCCCAACCCAAGAUGGCCAACACUGACCUGAGCAGAUUGCUGAAGUCAGACGAGAUUAGGAAGGUUCUGCGAGCACCCAACAAGAGAAUUGUCCGCGCAACACGUAAACUCAACCCUUUGGUCAAUUCCAAGGCCAUGUUACGUCUUAACCCAUACGCUGCCGUGAUGAAGAGGAAAGCUGUACUCGACCAGCAGAGGAAGACCAACGUUAGGGCGCUUGCUUUGGCGGAGAAGCGUGGAAUUAAACUUCCCGACUCUGACCCAGCUGUGCGGGCACAAAAACUACGUGAAAUGAGGGCGAAGUCUAUCAAAUUGGUAGUUUCCAAGAAACCGAAGAAGCCAGUCGCAAAGAAAACAGCACCACCGCCCCCCAAGAAGAAGAAGGUAGAAAAAACCAAGGCGGCAAAACCCAAGGCUGCAAAACCCAAGGCUGCGCCUAAAAAGUGAACGAAAUAAAAGUUUAUAGAAAUAUAA